ACACCAUUCAUGAGAGGACGGCCCAUGCGCUCGACAUGAGUUCUGAGGUUGUCAUCUCACGACGAGUAAAGUGUCUGUGUGUCUGACUUGAACUGUUUGUAUUAAUUACAGCACAUGAUUACAACGCCCUUGCACUCGCUUAUCGGCCUCUUCUCGAUAAGCGCGGUACUCGGAGCGUACUGACCGCGGGGUAUCUUACAAGGGUGAAGGCGAAGGCGAAGGCAAGGGUCUAAACCAGCGCGCUGGUGCUGUACACGAGAAUAGCUCCGCCGAGCAACAGCGCGCCCAAAGUCACUGCCCAGAUGAGGAGCCCCGUUUGUCCUGCAUCGACACAGUUGGCCACAUCAUCAGAGCAGCAAAAUCGAAGUUCGAGCACCAAAGUCCGAGAAGACGAAGAAGGCAACCAAGCAGUAUAUCGCGUACUGUACCUCCGGCGUAUGUAUCACCCGAUGGCGACCACUCCUCCGGUGCAUAGAUGGGACUGCCAUCACAGAGAUCGAUCGAUGUCAGAAAUGCACUUUCAAGGCCUUGAAAAUCCAAAGACCGGCUUUAAUUCUGAAGAAAGAAAACUCCGGCAACAUCUAGUCUGCGCAGACCGAUGAGGACCAAGUUGCACACAAGCUCGGGUGAGGACUAGCCAGGGACCUUCGAGGACCUCUCGGCAAGGGAAAACAAUAUCAACUGAACGUUUCGACAGAAGGUCGGGAGCAUGUAAGAGCAGAUGCGAAGAGGACGAAGAGAACAUGUGGAUGGGCUCGCGACGAGCAGAGAAGCGUGAAGCUGCUGAUGGUUGACGGAAGAUGCAGCGCAAGAAAUUGUUUUACGAAGAGGGAGCUGCUGUACCUGUAGCCGUCCACGUUGGCACCGUACUUCUUCCCGAAUUGAUAUACUCCCUUUCCCUGCAACGAUAGGCACGACUCGACUCGUCAGGCUCCAAGUCUCAGAUACAAUCGCUCUGGGAUCGCUCGAGCAGAAACAGUUCAUGCGCGCGUACCUUUGCCUUUCGGCCCGAUGCGUCCACUCCGCCUCGGAACUUGGUGCCCCCAGAUGGUCCUGCCAUGCAUGCCCACGAAGACACGUAAAAAUCCACCACUGUCACAGAAUGGUGCAAGCAAACGAGGGAGCGCGAUGGUCGUGCGAGAUUCACCGUAAGGCUCUUUCGUGCUGAUCUUCUUGGCGCCACUGGCGACCGCGACCCCCCGCAGGCCGCGCGUCGCGCUCGGCCUGCGGCUCAACGCCGGCAGCGACACGCCGGCGACUUGCGAUUUCCUGGCACACAGAGCCCCGGCAGUCGACGGCAGUACCGAGGCAUACGAGAUCGUCGUGGCGGCCAUUGUGAUCGAGCACUCGAUCUCUUGCUUCUCUCGCUCUCUGUUUCCUUGCGACUUCAGAACCAACGCUCGCAAUCGAUCGCUGUGCUGGAUCGGACGAGGCCAAUGUGUUAUAUAGUUCGGUCUGGCCUACCCGGAGCCUACGCCAUUCGACUUUCCGCCCGAGUCGAGUCAGAAACCGCUUGUGCCGAGAAUAUGCUUUCUGCCCGCCUUCUGGACUCUUCUCCGUCCCACGCCAUCGACAUGUUGCGGUACGCAAUGCGGGUGCUGCAACCUUUGACACAGCGUCAAUAGCCAUGUACAUGUACAGGACGUUUUACCUACCUCGCUGCCUCUCUGACUGCCUGCCAAGUCCUCGCCUGAGCAGCAGAUCGUCCGUCGACGAUGGCAGGAUGUCAACCUUUCUCGGUAGCGGCAGCUAAAUUGGCGGGAGUUUGUUCAUGUGAUGUGCGAGGACUCUCUAGAUUUACAAUCUGGUGGGUGCUACUGUUGUUCAUCAGGUAGUGUUGUUUCAGAAUUGUCUCAUGGUCCUUUCUCUGUUUGUGGAGCUCGAUUCUCUAAGAACUCUCCUCAUUUUAUUUCACAUCGACGGCUUCGAUCAGUCUCGUGUAAAUCCACGAGGUAACGAACGGUUCCGCCACAAGUAGCGAAGUAAGCUAAGUCACUCACUGCGACAUUUCUCGUGCAAUAUCGUAUCAAAAUAAACUAAUGUCGACAGUAAGUAAACUGCUGUUACACCAGAGAUUCUACAGCUGCACUUCAGGUCUCUUCCUGUCUAUGUCUGUCCGGUGAAGGAACAUCGGAACUAGAAUGCGUCUCGCCACCUUGCUUGAGCACGCGACGCGUUGCUCGGGGACCAAAAUCGUGAUGCUGAUGGAAAUCGAUCAAUCGCUGUCGAGUGAUCGAUUGACAGUUUCCUGCUUGCGGAGAGAACGGUGCAAAGUACAGUACCCCCACUACUGACCCUACGGACCGGAGUUACCAGGAAUGUGACGCAGGCAGUUUUCAAAACCGGAAUGACUUUUAUCACGUGAGAGAAGGCUGGCCAUAGCCAUGCAGGCCAUGUCGAGCUGAGCUGCAACGUCACCGGGAUCGGGAAACUGGAGUGUACAACAACUUUUGCCCAGGGCCUGGAGCUGCUGUUGUGCCUCUGAUUGAUUAAGGGCCUGCUUGUGACCUGAGCAGGCCCCACAAAUUCCCAGGAGAUGGGCAUCACAUGGACGCAAAAUCUUCCACCGCCUAUCAAACACACCAAACGUGCUAAACAUUCACUGAUUUUUUAUUUUUUUGCUGUUGAUGAUUGGCAAGACUAAGCGAUAAUGCCCAGUUUCGUCCCAUUGGUGUGCUUGUUUUUGCAUCUCGAUCCGUCAAGAUGCCGAUGGAGGUCCCACCCACCGAUCGUACUUUGCGCUUACUCCAACUUCCCCAAUGUUAUACUUCGGCCUCAUGCAAUGUUUGAUUUUUAUAUUUUCACUCGUCUACCAAUUGAAUUUAAUAUUGAGACGAAUCGAAAAUACUCAACAGAUUCGAUAGCUUGCCCUAUUUUGAAUAUUACCUUGAAAUUGAUAUAAAUCUGUUUAAUUAUUAAGUAGAUUUUUACAGCAUUAAAUCCAGUGAGAAAGUUAUAUUCUGGCCUAAAUUGAUAGUUACAACUGCUAUCCGCAUCAAAACCAGGUUCUCUAUACGAAAAUUAUAAGAGAGUAAGUAUGAAGUUAACGAUGAUUAUUUUUCGUUAAAUCAUAGAGAAGAAUAAAAACUUGUCAGAG